AUGCUCAAGGCGCAGAUCGUGCAGAUGCAAGUUGACGGAAAAGCACGUGUAGGCAAAUGGAAGGCAGCAAAUGACAAGUUGCGGCAACGUGUUUAUGUACGUGAUGUCAGUCAAGCUAUUGAUCGCUAUUUGCCAAACGUUUUGUCAUGUGUUUGCUCUCAUUGCAUGUCGUACAGGAGCUGGAAGAGUGACGAAAUUGAGGUCAUGAAGAAGGGUAGCUAUAAGCAGUGGGUAGACUACGACCAGCUUCUGAAAGAGACGCGAGAUGGUUCUGGACUGAUACCGAAGUCCAGCGUAACUUCCACAUCCCCUCUUGUGCUCAGUGAGAAGAGCUGUUCACAUACGAUGAGUGGCUUCGUUUGCAGUAAAGAUGUAGAGGCACAGGGAUGGAGUCCUUCUGACGACACCAUACCCGAGAUUGACGAGAAGAUGGACUGUACGGCAUCCUCGGACUGCAAUCAGCAUAACACGGUGAACCGCAACGAAUGGGAACGUGACGGAUUAGAAGUCGAGGGCGUUCAUCGCUCGUGCGUGCCUGGGGUCUCAUCGGGUAGAACAACUUGUCCGAGUGGCAAGGAGGACUGUACCAGCGACUUGGGUCACGUGCGUGCAAAUAAUCCUGUAACGUCCGGUUGGCUCGUUUGCAGUUCGGAAUGGCGAAGGUCGGUACGACAUUGGCUACACUGA